AACAAAAAAGGGUUAAAUUGUUUGUGUCGUCUUAUUCUCGGGAGGAACCACCCAGACGAAGGUUGAAUGAGUCAGUCUUGACUGAAACUCGACAGUGAGGUUUUUUUUCUUUCCAACAUAGGGGGAAGUAAGUAAAACGGAGGUUUAUAAAAUUUCACCCGGUCUACAUGCGUAUUUAUUCUGGACUGGUCAAGAAGGGGGUUGCUCGAGAUAAGCCGUAACUUGAGUGGAGACUCCAUCUCGAGCAGUAGGCACACCAGGAAAAAAACCAAUUAAGCCCAAAGCCCUUUUACCUUUCUUGAAGAUGACUUCAUUACAUGUUGGAUUGUUCCUAUGCACUUCACUGCUCUUGCAAAUACUGCACUCGGCCAGAGUAGAGGCACAGACGUAUGGAGAAGAAUGCUUAAUAAACUUCACCACGGGGAGGCCCGGCUUCGUUCUGGAUACAGACGACUCGGUAAAAGAGGGAGCAACUUUUCUGUCCUCUCCCGAAGUGCAACGAACAAAAGAAUGUGUGAGGGCCUGCUGCAAAAACCCGAAGUGCAACUUGGCAUUGAUGGAAAACGCGGAGGAGGAGGGCUUGAUCAAGCAUUGCUUUCUGUUCGAUUGCCUGUACAAGCAGACUUAUGUGUGCAGGUUUGCUAAAAAACAAGGAUUCAGCAAUUAUAUAUCGAAAUCCGUCAACAAGGAAUUCGUGGAGGGACCCCAAAACAAUCCCGAUGUUGAUGACAAACCUCCAAUUGCCAAUGCUGGCCAGGACAAAGUGGUCCAGCCCCACGAGACAGUGAUUCUGAAUGGUCUUGAAAGUACUGAUGACCACAAGAUUGUCCACUACCAGUGGAAAAUGAUCAAGGGAAACCCAUCAGCCAAACUGCAGAAAACUGAUUUGGAUGACCAAGCUCAGGUGACUGGUCUCGUACCUGGGAUGUACGUCUUUCAGCUCUCAGUGAUGGAUGAAGCUGGGCAGUCUGACUCCGCCCAAGUGAACAUUCUUGUGCUCACACCAGAACAAUCAGAAAAUCACUGUCUUGCGCCAAUGAAAAUUGGCCCAUGUCGGGGCUCGUUUCCUCGCUGGUACUACAAUGCUGCUAACCAGAAGUGUAAAGAUUUCCUUUUUGGGGGAUGCAAGGAAAACCGCAACAAUUACUUGACAGAGCAGGAUUGCUUAAAUGCUUGCGAUGGGGUGAAAGUUACAACUGAUUCCCCAGUGGUGCCUGGAGGUAGAGGAUUUUUGCAUCCUACUGACUGUACUGUUCCAUGCUCAACAUCCCAGUUCCACUGUGCUAAUGGCUGUUGUAUUAAUGGUGACUUGGAGUGCGACCAAAUUGAGCAGUGCAGCGAUGGAUCAGAUGAGGCUUCUUGCCAGUCCCUCAAUAGAACCUUUAACCGUCUCUUGGAGAUUGACAUUGAAAAGGAAAAAGUCCGUUGUACUGAACCUCCCAUGACCGGUCCAUGCCGUGCUAGCAUGACCCGAUGGUACUACGACCCCCUGGUUAAGACCUGCCAUCGUUUCAACUUUGGAGGCUGUCAAGGCAGUAACAACAGGUUUGCGACCGAGGAAGAAUGUCAGAAAGCCUGCAGUGGAGUAACAGAAAAAGAUGUCUUCGCAAGAGGAUUAUUUGAACGUCAGGAGUCGGACAAGUCUCAAUCAGGUUCCAUUGCUGUGGCUGUUCUCCUUGGAGUUGCCAUAGCAAUUGUGCUGGCCAUUUUAGGGUAUUGCUUCCUGAAGAAUAAGAGAGAACGGGCCAGAAGGCAGCCGCGUGUGAAUGCUAACGGCUCUACCAUUUCCACCACCGAAGACACCGAGCGCCUUGUCUACAACACCACCACAAAGCCUAUCUGAGAACCUCACAACACAGACUCAUCCUCUGCCAAAGGCUUCCUCUGCUCAGUUUGGCGUAGGGGAGUGGACACAGGAUCUUUUUAAUGCUAAUGUUAUUUAGCCUCUUGUGAUAAACCUACCAAAUAAUCCACAUUUGAAGUGCUGUCAUGACUUUACCAGGUGCCUCUGCUUUGAAAUGCCUCCUUUUUAGAUUUAUCUCAGGCCAAGUUCUUCCUAAAACGUUUACUCCAGGUCAUCGUUUUGCAAACCUAUAGCUCUUGGGGUUCCAGAGUUUGAAAUGGGUAAAGGUAGCAUCUUCGUCCAUAUGUUUAAGUGGGUCAAGUCUUACUGGCUUUUAAGAAACACAUUAUAUCUGCUUGAGUAACAUCUAUUCAACUGCGAAUUUGUGCACUUUCAUUAAAACCUGUUUCCUUUGCAAUGAGAUGACAAGCAUGUGUUCUGUGUUUUACCUCCCAUAUUUUACACUUGUUGCUGUACUUAAACUAAGAGCUUGAUGACAAAUGUAAUAUGUAGUGUAUUUUUAAUUUUGGGGGGGAUUUAUGAAAAUGGAAUGAGAUUUGCAUGACCCUCCAGUCCUUGGAUGCGAGUGGUUGUUGCUCAGAUUUUAAGAUUAUUCACACUUUUUUAUGCUCCAUAGAGGCAUCUGAGGGCAUUUAUUUAAUAGUUGUAAAAUGUGCUUAGUUGGAAAUGUAUAGAAGUAUUUUCUUUUUGUUAGUGGUGUUGUAACAGAGGGUAGGUACAAAGUUGAUUUUCCACUAGGCAUGUGUUGGUAACACAGGUAUUGAUUCUGUGGAUUGCUAUGUUGAAAGAUGUCUAUGCAAGACAAAAUAUUUUUCCCUAAGAGAGAACCAUUCUGAUACUACUAACAUGUCUUAUCAGCAGAUGGAUUGUAUAUACAGUUAAUUCUUGUGUUCACCAUUUUCCUUAAUGAAAAUGUCCUUAAUGUGAUUGUCACGUGAUUUGCUUACAGCCAACAUCAAUUACUAACCUGUUUCCAUAAAUAGUUGUGUACAUAUAGUCAUAUAUAGAGAUACAGAUGUGCAAAUAGACACGCAUGGACGCAAACACUCAAACAAGCAUGAUGAAUACAUUUCCACCUGAAUACUGAAAGUUCACUUUUUCUAGAAGAAAACAAAAGCAGUCCAGUACUGACUUAAAACUCUGCAUUAAAAACUCUUCAUGUUGAUUCAGAUAUUAAAAACAUGAUACCAUAAAAAUAUAAUUCGGACAAUAUUCUGUUAACAGUUAAAUCGUAUUGAAAAUUGUUGACUGUACAAUAAUAAAAAACGGAGAUAAAAGAAAUGAUGUAAUGAACAAAUGUUCCUUUGGUUAGAAUUUUCUAAAAUCCAUUGUAACUUUUGCCUUGUGUUACUUUAUUUUUAAACAACCAAGUAUAUUGCAUUAUUUAAAAAGUACACUGCAGUUUAGAGAGGCGUUUUGGAGAUUCUGUGGGUCUACAAGCAUUAUGGAAAAUGGAAGUGAGGGGGGAGAACACAAUAUAUUUUUGCGUGUGUGAAUGAAUCCACUCUGUUCUGAAUCCAUCAGCCCUUUUGAGAACCAGCUAUUAUUAAAACCCACCAAAGACAAUUACAAAUAUCUACUGGUAUAGAGAAAACUGUGUUAUUUGCUCUUUCUCAUUGACAUUUUAAAAGGUUUUGUUUCCCAAAAUAAAACUUAUAAGCCUGGUAUUGGACCAUCUUGGGUUUCUUUCGGGCCUUGCUUUAACUGUGAUACUGUUUUCCGCAAGCUUAAAAUUUCACCUGUGGUUCUUGUCCGGGAAGACCUACUUCUCCAGUGUCAUGCAUUUCUUGUAUUUUAUUUGUAGUACUCCAAUAUUUGUUUGCUUGUUUUUAUAUAAUUUUAUCUAAAAAUAUUUGGCUUUGUGUUAGUUUUGUACUUCAGGUACAUUGCUGAUAGCUGUGUUGUACGUUUUUUACUGUUCCAUUGAUAUUCACCUUUUUAUUUUUUUAGUAAUCGUUUUAAUGCAGUGUUUUGAAGUGUCAUUGUGUUGAAGGGCAUGCUGUUUUCCUACUACUGUAUGUAACAAUUGUAAUAAAGGGGAUUAAAGAUUAAA